AUUUGCUCAUCACCACCGCCGGCGAGCUCUCUCCUUCCUCUCGACCUUCGUAGUUCCUACACACGGACAGACAGGGCUCAGAUAGUUAGUUAAAGAAAAUGGCGCCUCAGAGCCUGGAUCUUGGCCUGAACCUUGGCCUUGGCCUCGUGUCUCAGUCCUCCCAGUCGAGCUUCUGGUACUCCGGCGGCAAUGUGGCGGCGGACCAAGAAGUGGGUCCGACUCCGACUGCCGUGGCGGUGGAGGAGAGGAGGUGCUCGCCCGGCAGCCCAGCGUCGAGCGGCAGCGGCAGCGGCAGCGGGUUGAAGCGCGGCGCCGAGAGGUCCGCCGGCAGCGGCGACGAGGACCAGGACGACGACGGCGGCAACGCGCGCAAGAAGCUCCGCCUGUCCAAGGACCAGGCCGCCGUCCUCGAGGAGUGCUUCAAGACGCACCACACCCUCACUCCGAAGCAGAAGACUGCGCUGGCUAACCGGCUGGGGCUGCGGCCGCGCCAGGUGGAGGUGUGGUUCCAGAACCGCCGCGCCCGGACCAAGCUGAAGCAGACGGAGGUGGACUGCGAGUACAUGAAGCGCUGGUGCGAGCAGCUCGCCGAGCAGAACCGCCGCCUCGAGAAGGAGGUGGCCGAGCUCCGGGCGCUCAAGGCCGCACCGCCGGCGCACAACGGCGCCUCGACGGGGCCGCUCACCACCCUCACCAUGUGCCUGUCCUGCAAGCGCGUCGCGUCCACGUCCUCCUCCUCGACCUGCAACGUGCCCAGCUUUUCCGCCAAUGCCGGCAUCGGCAUGCCAAUGCCAUCGCCGGUGGCGCUGCCCGAACAACGGCAGUUCUUCUGUGGCUUCCGAGACACCGGAGCAGCAGCGUACGGCGGCUCUGCCGGGCUCGCCAAGGUGGUCAAGGCGGCCAGAUAGAACAAGAUAUCUCUGUGACGGCGCCAUGAUCAGCAUGCCAAGCAAGCUAACAAAAAAAAUGGCGGCAUUGUCACGACUCACAAAUUUAAGCAAGUGUAGCAGAAAGCUUAAUCCUUUUUCUUCUCUGCCUCUGAGGGAAAUGCAAGUUAAGUAGUUUUAACAAUCUAGGAUCGACCGGUCGAUGAGUUCCUGUGGGGAUGAAUGUAUGCAUGUGAAAAGUUGAUGAAAUAACAUGAGAAACUAAUUCAUACUA